UUACAUUCCGCGCCUUUUAGAAUACUAGGCGCGUUCCCAAAGCCCUAUGAUCCGCGCAGUAUAGUGAUACAAUGGCGGACUCGCUUUUGAAAGACGGGGAGCAAAGCCCCGAAAAACCAGGUGAUGGGGACCAAGAGUUUGAACCUACAGCUGAAAUGCUUGUGCAUGACUUCGAUGACGAGCAAACACUAGCAGAAGAAGAAGCCAUUGCAAGUGCUGGUGGAGAAGAUCCUCAAAACGAAUUGAAUAAUUUACAAAAACUACAUAUCCAUACUCGGCCAAAUUUAGCCUUGACUAAAUUGUCUUCUACACAGGAGUCAGACAUGCCAAUCGAACAGCUACUAGCCCUCUACGGUUAUGGAGACAGAGGGAGUGGUGCUGUUGGCGGAAAUGGGGAAGUGGCUGCACCCACGGAUGCAAGGCUUCCUGAAGAAGAAUUGGAAGAGGACAUGGAGGAAGAUGAAGAAGAAGACGAUGACGAGAGUCUAGAAUCUGAAAGCAGUUCUUCUGGGAAUGCAAUUUCUAGUAAAAAAGACUUGCCUGCUGAAGAUCCAAAUGCACUUCCGGAAGAAGCGGCACUUCCUGUCAAAGCCAGUGCUGAAAUCAAACCCCGAUCCGACCUUCACCUCCUCUAUCCAAAUGAAGAGGGUAAUGUUCCAGAAGCAAGAUUGCUUCGCUCAUCUGGAACGGCCGGGGCCGCUCCAUCCGACGAAGAAGCUGACGAAGAAGACGACGUUGACUACGCACCGGGUGAAGACGAAUGGCGAAAGACAAUCAUGAUCGGUUCAGAAUAUCAAUCCAGUGUUCCUUCCGGAUUGAGUCCUUAUGACAACAUCCAGACGGUGCCUUAUGAAAACGAAGACAAACUGCUGUGGACUCCUUGGGUCCUCGACGACGCCACCACUGACGACUACCUGCGUUGCUGCGCUCAAAUCCAAAUAGAACUCAUGAAAAGCAAACUCCCCACGUCUGCCAACAAAACCCAGCAGACUCUUUAUUCGUUGGGCAGCCUACCCAUGGGCGCGCACACGAGAGAUGACGAACAGGCAUUGCAUCAGCUGUUGCAGUGUGGGCACAACGUCGAAGAAGCGGUGCGGAGGCGGAAGAUGAGCAACGUGACGCCGUGCGACAACGUUUCCCUCUGGUCGGAAGAGGAGUGCCGGAAUUUCGAGUCGGGUUUGCGCGUUUUCGGCAAGGACUUUCACCACAUCCAGCAGCAGAAGGUGCGGACGCGCUCGGUCGGCGAGUUGGUCCAGUUCUACUAUUUGUGGAAGAAAACGGAGCGUCACGACGUGCUGGCCAAUCGGGCCCGACUCGAAAAGAAAAAGUACGCCCUCCACCCGGGCACCACCGACUACAUGGAUCGCUUCCUGGACGAGCAGGAGUUGCAAGGCACAAACGCCACCGCCGCCACCACCCAUCACAUCACCCGCGAGCGGAGCAAUUCGCGCAGCAGCUCUCCCAACGUCCACUCGUUGAUUUAUGGCGACCCCAAGCGAUUACGAGUGGCCGUCACACCUCCUGCCGCAGGUGGCGAAGACGGGGCUCCGAAUGGAUUGCCCGUGGCCGGCGACGAGGCCGGACUUUUGGACGGCGCCGACGAGAGCAACGGACAAGUGUUGAGCGCGGCGGCGGCAGCGGCUGCCGCCGCCGCCACCGUGCUCCCGCCUCCGUCGGAUGCCAUGACUUCUUCCAGUCGAGACCUGAUGAGCUGAUUUCCAAUCGUUUGUGUCCACUUUUUACACAAACCACAUUUUUUUUAAAUUAUUCCCGUCGCGCACUUUUUUGAUUCCACGUAUAUCUCGGCAGUGUCUCCUGUUACUGGUAACGUAACACACACGGAAAAAAAAAAAAAAACAAAGAAAAUAAGAAAUAAAGAAAACAAAAAGGGGAGAGGAAAGGAGCCUUUCAAUUGUGUUAAAUGAAAGAAGAAGAAGAAACAAAAUAACUGAAGUGGUCGGACCCAACCUGCUGCUGGUUUUUUUUUUUUCACCAGCAGGUUCACUUUGAAUUACAAAUCUGGGCUCUCGUGAUUUUCGCUUUUCUUUUAUCAUUUCUGGGACGGUAUCGGAUGUGAUCCGUCAUCAUUUGGCCUUUUGUGGCCGUUUUAUUGUUUCUCUGCUGCCCACUGGUUCGGCUUGUGACUGUGCCAGCCGGGUGGGGUAUGACCGAGUAUGAUCAGCGUUUUGUUGUGUGUGUGUCUGUGAUUGUGUGAGUGUGUGUGCGUGCGUGCGUGCGUGUGGCCGAAAAACUUCUUCUCAUUCCCACCUUCAAUCUCCGCUGGCUCCUUUUUGACUUUGAUUUUAUUCCAUUUCAUUAUUAUUUUUCUGAUAUGAUAUAUUUGUGCGAGAGCGAGAGAGGAGGGAUUGUAGGAGGAGGAGUUAGGAUACUGGGCGGGAGGGCGGGGGCAUUACCAUGUAAAUUGGUAAUAAUGAUCGGAUUGUGUCGGUGGUGUGUGGCAAUCUUCGAGUGUUGUACAGCCGACAUCUUUUUUUGUUUUUUUUUUGUUUCUUUUUUUUCCAGCAGCAUGCAGCAAACUCUUAAAAAUACAAUCGGAAAUUUGUUUUCCUUUACACAUGACAAA